UCCAUGAUAGACAAAAUUUGAAUCCUUCACUGCGCUGCAUAAGUUUAACACCUACCGAAACACGGCUUCAGUAUGUUUUUAUUGAAAUGAACUCUUUUGUUUUGUCGAUUGUGAAUACAAUUGUUUUGCGAAGCCGCUUAAAUUGUCAUCAUGAAGUGUUUGAAAGCGGAGGAGUACAUUAGACGGACUGCCUCUGUGAAAGACACCAAGCUCCUAUUUCAAGAACUAAAGGAGUAUUUGAAGAGUCCUUCAGUCACCCAAGGCCACACACUGUGUGACAGGAUCAUUAGAGCCUGUAAUCACCAUCUUGGAGCAGAGUCCCCAGACUUUGACCAUGUUAGCCAGUUGGUGCAGCUGGUGGAGUUGUCCCUCCAGGGAUAUGAUUACUCUGUUGCAGUUGCUGCACAGAGUAGUCCUCUGUACAUGGAAAAGAUCAUUUUCCACAUUGUGAAGAAGUUAAGCUCCAUAGGAGCACACAGUCAAUGCAGCCAUGUAGCAGGGUUGCUUUUCAGCAGGCUUCGUCCAGCCCAACAGGCUGAGGGCUACUUCGUUCUUGUACGGAGCUGCUUCUCAGUGCUCUGGAAUGGACUUUCUGUCGCCAGAGAGAGAAAAAGCUUGACUCCUCGUGAUCAACUCAACUGCCAUAUACAAGCUCUGCAUUUCCUCCUGUUGUUGGACAAAGACAGUGACGCCCCCUUGAUCUCCAAAGCUCCCAUUUACACAGAGGAUGCCAUCAAUGGAUUUGAGAGCAGCUGUGGAGUGAUAACCAAGGAAGAUGCUUCUUUACUUUUGCAGGAAAUGCAAUCACUUUUCAACAACUUCUGGACUGUUGGUUGCGGCUUUGAGGGUGACGGACUCAAACAGUCCACUGAGGCAUCAAGUUUAUAUGUUCUUUCUGAAAUGGUGCUGGUUAUCGUUAAGGUGCUUUGUAAGGCCGGACACCAUGAUCUGGCUUUGACCUUCAUGAAUGAAAUUGAACAGAAGGUUAAAGACUUUCCAUGUGUAACUCUGGCACUAGGAAAAUGGGCUGUAAAAAUUCAUUAUACAAUUAAGGCUGGUGACAAAAGCAGCCAGGCAUUUAAAGAGUGUGCAAGAGCUCUGAGGUCUCUUUCAGCUGACCUGGGGGACCAAGAAGCUCAUGCAGUCCUGGAAGGAUGUGGUCUAGUUACAUGGGCUGUGGAAAGUGGUAACAGCAAGGGAUUCAGUGGUCCUGUACUUCUGGCUUGGUUUUCAUUUCUUGAAGAGUACCAAGAACAGAUGUUAAAGGUGUUAAAGAAGAAUCCCAAAUGCCAGGUGAGGAGCGGCGCAGUGCAGCAGGCCCUUUGCCUCAGUAUAUACCAGGGUUUUGUGUUUGCUUAUGAGAGCAUGCUUGCAUCACAGCUGGAGGACAGCGACACUUUGAACAGAGUGCUGUUGUACUGCCAAGCCAAUGCUGGACUCAUGAUGACUGAACUUCGGAAACUGUCUAGUGAAAAUCUUCUUAUCAGAGCAGUCAUUGUAGUCAACAACCUAGCUUGUGGACUGAACAACCAACGCCUCUACAAUCAGGCCUUCACACUUGUCGAGAUCCUUUGUAAGGAUCUGUGCAAGAAUGUACCUGUCUCUCUCUCUGUCGACAGGUUGAGUCGACUCUUCAUGCUGGCCGUGCAGACGUCUCGCCGUGCAGGACAACUGGAGCGAGCACUGGACUGGGUCAUCUUGUGGCUGAAAGCUCUGGGGGACAAAAUCACUUCUCACAUGGCUGAACCAGUCUCUCUGUGGGUGAAAACAAAGAUGGAUGCAGCUCGAAACUCUGACGAGGACAUCCGUCUCAGGACUUUGCAUGAUGGUUUUGGUGCUGAUGUCCCUGAUGAGUCAGUCAUGCUUUGCCUUUUGGAGGAGGAACUGCGUGCCUACAAGGGGGUGGCAGAAGAUACUGCCCAGGAGCGUUACAACACGCUGUGUGAUCUGUUGGAUAUCUGCCAUGAGGAGAGCUCCUACACCCACCUACGUGCUGUCUUUCUUUAUGAAAUGGCCCAAGUUGUGUGCUACAAGGAUUUCAGUGAACAGACGGACUGUACGCCAGUUGAUUUUACCCUUGAAGCUUUGCGGCUCUUGGAAGAAGAACCAGAGACUCCUGAAAAUGCUGAUCAGCUGAAGGAUGACAAGGCCCAUGCUUCACUUUGGCUCUAUAUCUGCACUCUUGAGAAGAAUCUCCAGGAGGCGGUUAAGAGAGACAUAAAACAGCAGGGGCUACGUGAGCAAAUGCAAAGUUUAUCCAAUCCAAUAGGAACUAAUGAUUUUGACUAUGAGGACAAGCAGAAGGCGGAAGACAGCUCUCUGGUCUAUGAAGGACUGCACUUCAACCUUGCUGCAGAGAACAAGUUGUCCAAGCCUUUGGAAAGAGCUCUGGAUGAAUGGUCUGCUCUUCUGCAAAGUAAUGCUCUGCCUUCUGUCAGAAACCCCAAGCAGACCUGCAGCUCUAUCGCUGUGACUGCAGCCCUCUUCAAGCUCAUGGGAAAGCCCUUGAAGGCAUUAGAAGCAUACCAACUUUCAAUCAGACUUCUACAACAAAUUUCUGAUGCCCAUGGAUGUGCCAGCUCCCUCUGUCAGUCAGUUAUCAUCCUCCUGGAUAUGGGUACCCCUGAGUUGGCCUUGGCCCAGCUGGAGCAAGCAGAGAAAUUUCUUACCUCAGAGUCCACUUCUGAUGGGCCUUCUUCUCUCUCUAUGCUGACGGUUCUGUUGAAAGCACAAUACUACUACAACACAGGACAGGUGAAUCUCGGGGUGCCUUAUCUGUGUAAGGUGCUUAAAGAAGUGAACGAGCAGAGGCAGUCAAAGAGUUGGUAUCUGCUGCGUGUUCGAGCACUCCAGACCUGCAGCUCCUAUCUGAGUUUGGAUACGAUUGUACUGCCACAAGCACAGCGAAGCCAGAUUACACAGCAUGGUAUAAACAACCCAGACACUGCCUUGUAUGAGAGCCUGAAGCUUCUCUGCAGCCUGCUGGUGACUUUAGUGGGAAAAGGCCUUUAUGGGACAAACAGCGGCAAAUUAGAAACACGCUUCAUUGACCAAGGCGAUAACCUGGUGCUGAAGUGGCAGCUACUGUCAGAGUUGUUAAAAUGCUCCAAAAGGUAUGUGUCUGUGAGGAGCAGCUGUGGGGCCAUCAAUGAUGCAAGGCUACAGUGUCUGGAAGCUCUAAAACUGGCCAUCAAGCUGCAAGCACUCAGUCAAUGUGUUGAGCUGCUGGUGAUGAAAGCUGAGUUGGAGCUGAUGCACGGGGAAAAAGAGGAAAGUGGAAUUGAUUUAGAUAAAGUCAGAAACCUUCUGGAGCUGUGCACAGAUUUUUCUGAUCAGGUGCAGAAUUCGGAAGUAAAAAUCAAACCUAGAAAAGGUCGCCCAGUAAAGAAAUCAGAGUCUCCACUUCCUGCCAUAGAGGAUGAUGAAGAUAAGGGCAUCCUCAGCACCAGGUGGAUUCCCAAAGAACUGAUAGUAAGGGAUCAGGCCAGCUCCCCACCGCUCAAAACUAAGCCACGCUGCUGGCUCUCCUCCCUGGAGCAUGACUCAGACUGUAAGUGCCACUGUUGCUCUGAGCCCAGCCUGGGUCGUGCCACUGCUCUUUGGGCAGCCAUACAGGCAGAUCUGAUUCUGCAUCAGGAUCCAAAUGAAGCUAGAGUAAGCUUGAAACUUCAUUGGGCAACUUUAGCCCGCUGUAAGAGUAUCUCUGCCAAACUUGGACAAAAACUGGCUAAACUUUACCCUCAUUGUGGCCUCCAUAAACCCUCUCUGAUGCAGGACAUAGUGGGCAGAGUGUAUCUGUGCAUGGCCCUGUCUUGGCUGACGCCAGGGCUCAACAAGAUUGGGAGUAUAUGGAAAAUUCUGGAGGCUGGUUUAGUAUUUGUUGAUUCCACACUCUCUCCUGAGCUUAGACCUGUAAGAGCAGGGCUACUGGCGGCCAAAGCUGUAGUAUCAUUGGUUACCUUGGCUGCCAAAAAGGGCUGUACCCCAGAGGAGCUUUUCUCGAAUGUUUGGACCUGGAAUGCUCCAAAAAUGGAGAAGGACCUGAAAUCAGAAGUGAAAACUGCACCCUCUUCAUCCUGCAUUAAGAAGCCAAAAGACAUGAUAAAAAAACAAGGUAUUCCCGAGAAAAACAAAGAGGCAAGGAAGGUGAAGGUCGACAAGCCCAAGAUUCAAGUGACAAGUUCCUCCACCAAAGGAAAGGGACUGGUUCCCAUGACACCGGUGACGGUAAAGUCAAAGCCCUCUGUCGGGAACCUCGGCUCUUUUGACUUCAACACAGUGGUACCCACUUUGGCCUGUACUCCGGUUCAAAGAGUGAAAGCCCCUGCUACAGUGCAGAAAGCGCCGAAGACUGCCUCAAAACUGCAGUUUCAAGUGUAUGAAGAGUUGUCACCAGUUCAGGACAAAGCCCAGCCUGUGCCUGCUGCACCGAGACGUACAAAGAAGUCACGCUAUAAGGUGGAGUUUAGUGAUGAAAGCGACACAGAGACAAAUAACCAGGCAGAGCACAAAGAAAUAAAUGAUGCCCCUAAAAAGCGAACAACAGCAAGAAGAGCCACUCAAAGCAGCAAAACAUCCUCAGAUCCACCUGCAGAGAAGGUCCCACCCAAGAGGCAGACAAAGGGUAAGAGGAGCUCUGCAGUUGCUCGGAUCUCCUCCUCUGAAGAUGACUAUGCACUGGUCUGCCAGUCGGCCUCAACAAGAAGAGGAAGAACCAGACGGGAACUGUCCAGACCAGAGGUGGACUUAUUGGAAGAGCCUGACAAAAUUAGGGCAGUUGAUGAGGAAACCACUGAAGUUCUGGACAUAAGCAUUGAGCAGCUGAGGAUAUCAGACACUGAAGAAAAUCCUGUUUUAGAUAAAGAUACUGACAUUUUGAUUGAGGUGCUGCGGCGGGACAUUUGUUGUGAUCUGGAGAGAGACGACCUUUCUGUGCUAAGGAGCAGAGGUCCCCUGAGAGAAGAUCCACAAACACACCUACCUCAUUCUGACACCAGGCCAGAUGAUCUUUCCCUGGAAGAUGUUCAAGCUCUGCUUCGAUCAGCCUGGCUGUCCCUUCAGCACUUCCCCUCCCCAACCAUCUUUACCACACUCAGUUCUCUUCUUGCCUUGACCAUGGGACAGCAGGACCCUGUAACUACUGCGAUGCUGCACACUCAGUCCUUGGGAAUCACAGGCCGCCAUCGCACAAUCAGGCAUUUGGCCAAUGGUCUCAAAAAGUUGAGAAAGACAACUGGUGAGCUGGCAGAAAAGCUGGAAUCUCUGAGUCUAGAUGAACACAGUCCAUGCAGGACCAAGAACUCUGCUGAAGAGAGGCUGUUACAGUUGGAGAAAAUCUUCACCUUCCCAACUGUGGAUUCUUCUGCUUUCCCCAAGAGCCACUGUCAAGACUUCAUGCAACAAAUCCAACACCUCCCCCCAGGAGUGGCAGUGUGUGUGAUGUCUGUGCUUAGAGUCAAACCCGGUGAGAUGGGUGACAGCAUCAUACUGUCACGCCUUGAAAAGGGAUCGCCCCCUGUCACAGUACACAUCCCCACCUCUAAACAGCAGCGCCCCAUUAGUUGGUUGGUGCAAGAAAUAGACAGUAUUCAGGUAGAACAGAAGAUUGUGAGCUGCGUUUCUGAGAAAGCCAAGUGGUGGGAGGGUCGCAGGGCACUUGACUCAAGAGUUGAGUUCCUGCUAAAGGAGAUGGAGGCCCUGUUGGGAUGUUGGAAGAGCUUUCUUCUACCCCUUUCAUCAGAUGCUGAGCUCUCCAAACAAACGGGACACCUUUGCAAAACGCUGUCUGCUAGAGGUGUGACUGUCAGUGAGGAGAUGCUGAAGACUGUGCUCUCGGCCUCUCCUGUGCUCUCAAAAGAUGACCUGAACCAGUUUGCUCUGGGAGUUUCUCCACAGUGGGAUGGUGAUAGUGACCAGCUUCUGCAUACAUCUGUGUCCCAGCUUGCUGAUAGGGAUGAGCCCAAAGGUCAUGUGGUUCUUAUUCUGGACAAGUACCUUCAGAAAUUGCCCUGGGAGAGCAUCUCCAUCCUGAGAUCUGGCUCUGUCAGCAGAAUGCCUUCUCUGCACUCUCUUAUUGGACUUAGCAUUCAGAGAGAGACCGACUCUAAGUCCAUCCUGAAGUAUGGUGUGGACAAAAAGCAGGUGUAUUACGUGCUGGAUCCUGAUGCCAAUUUGAAGAACUCUCAGGAUCAAUUUAAGGAAUGGUUCAGCAGCAAACUGGAUUGGGAGGGUGUAUGUGGAGUUGCCCCUGACUCAGGUCAGCUGGAAGAAGCUGUUGCAACCAAGGAUCUGUACAUUUUUGUGGGUCAUGGUGCAGGAGCACGCUUCCUUGACAGUCAAGCAGUCCUGAAACGGCAGAUGAGAGCAGCUGCUCUGCUUUUUGGCUGCAGUAGUGCUGCUCUAGCAGUGCGUGGGGAUCAGGAAGGACAAGGCAUAAUCCUCAACUACCUCAUAGCAGGAUGCCCUUUUGUUUUAGGAAACCUAUGGGACGUGACGGAUCGAGACAUUGAUCGCUUCACCAAAGCUUUGCUGGAGUCCUGGUUCUCUGCUGGCUCCGGAGCACCCCUCCUGGAUCAUAUGGGCCCGUCACGUCAGGCUACACACCUCAAACACCUCAUUGGAGCUGCACCUGUUAUCUAUGGCUUACCGAUCCACCUGGUGUAAAUCCCUCUGGAAAGCCAAAGUUUGCUGGAAACAGGAUGUAAACUAUUUCUGCAGAAUCAAUCAUUUAAUUUCAGCACAAAAUCUGGUGAACUUGUUUUUAACUUGAAUUUUUCGCCCUUGUGUUUGCAACUUUUUAUAAGAUUAAUUUGCUGAUUACAUUUAUUUAUACCAGUUUUUCAAUUUGAAAGUGGCAUUUUUAUAUUUAGAAUAUUUUUUAAUAUUUCUGAAUCCUUUAAUACACUUUUAAUGUGUUGAUUUAAAAACAUUGUGAAUAAAGGUGCUCUCACAGGC